GCUUUUCUGGUUCAGUCCCUGGGUAACUGUCACAAGCAGUCAGUCAGUCACCUGCAGAUGAUAGUGGCGAGGUCACCCUGGGUAACAUGUAUGUAUACGCUCCCAUUUCUGUUUCAUGUUUAUUAUUGACACCAGAACAAUGACAUUAUUAGCAUAAAAGUGAUAACUCAUACUUUACAGUAAAGUAUUGUUAAACCACCCUCAUUGUAAUUAGGAUGGUUUAACAAAAAAGGUUUGUUUUUGUUAAAGUGUUUGUGAAUGAUAAUACAAAUGUGUCCCUUUCUUACUUUAUUAAUCUGUUCAUUUACCUGCUAAUGUACAAGUCCAUUUAUCUCUGUCUGCCUUCUCCUCUCUCUACGUCAAAGGGUCAAACCCUGCUACCUGUUGUGGGAUCUGACCUAGGUCUCAUUCACAGAUCCGUCUCCUUGAGCUUGGCAAAAACACGCACAUUCACACCAUGCUAAUCCUCCGAGAGGUUCAAGUGUCUUCUUGACCCAUCCUUCUCUUUCUUUUGCUCUCUCUCUUUCUCCCUCUCAGCCCUGCUGCCUCACUCCACCCUAUACACCCACCUCACUCCACCCCAUCCUGUAUUAACGCUCCCAAUCCUCUUUGAGGCAGAGUGACGUCUGCUACUGUCAGAAACAGUUAAUCUGCAGGAGAAACAGUGGUGAGAAGCUUGUGCAGGAAUAACCAAGCAGUGCUCAUUUACAGGGGACCUCCAGUGAGAAGAGAUGUUUGCCACGUAAGAAUUGACUCCCAUUCCCAGCUGAUGCUCGUGCCGUGGGGACCUUCAGGGGAAUAACAUGGCGCACUGUCUUCAUAAACAACUGAAAAGUCUCCCUAAGUGCUACAAGGGGCAAUACAAGGAUAAGAGACUGGAGUACUUCUGGGCUGCCUAUUGGUUUUGAAGGAAUUUCAUUUACAGUCUUCUGUACUUUCUAAGGAAAUAUUCCAAAUUAACUAAGAAAUCAAGAUUUGUUGGGUGACAUUUCCUUUUUGUUUUGGCUCAGCGACACUGGUGGCCAAAGAGAUGACAGGACAUCAUCAGCCCAUGUCAGGUGUGUCUGAAGGGUGUUUGUGUGAACAUGCACUCCAAGGGCUGGCUGUGGAAGCGUGCUUCUAAUUGCUUUUAUCUUAACAGCAAACUAAGUGUGUGUCUCUGUUGGGCAGCACUGGGCGCACUGAGUGUGAGACUGUGACUUGGUUGGAGAGUCCAGAAUCUUUGAGGAGUGUGAAGUGUCCGGGCCCUGUGGACUGUCAGUCAUAGCCCUGGAUUUCCUUGAGAUGGAAGGUCAUAAUUAUGACCGCUUCGGGGAAGGAGAAAGGGAGAACUACCAGAUUGACUACAGGAGGAUUGUAGGGGACAUGGAACCAGCAAGGCCUCGCAUGCCUAACAAGGAUGGGGAGCAACCCCACAAUUAUGGCACCUAUGUCCACUCAACGACACAUGGUCACGGGCAUGAGACGGCUGCACAGCGGUACAGUGCGACACGUAUUCAAGCUGGGUAUGAACCAGAGAGCAUGGCCGACUAUUUGAUCAGCGGAGGCACAGGCUAUGUUCCUGAGGAUGGAUUGACAGCGCAACAGCUCUUUGCUAUUGGUGAUGGGCUCACAUACAAUGACUUCUUAAUCCUGCCUGGUUUCAUAGAUUUUACUUCUGAUGAAGUGGAUCUAACUUCUGCAUUAACAAGAAAGAUCACACUUAAGACGCCUCUUAUUUCAUCCCCCAUGGAUACAGUUACAGAGUCAUCCAUGGCCAUCGCUAUGGCAUUGAUGGGAGGGAUUGGGAUAAUUCAUCAUAACUGUACGGCUGAGUUCCAGGCCAAUGAGGUUCGCAAAGUCAAGAAAUUUGAGCAGGGCUUCAUCACAGACCCUGUGGUAAUGAGCCCCCGGCACACGGUAGGCGAUGUGUUUGAGGCCAAGAUACGCCACGGUUUCUCAGGAAUCCCUGUUACAGAGACUGGCAAGAUGGGGAGCAAGCUUGUCGGCAUUGUCACCUCCAGAGACAUUGACUUCCUGUCUGAGAAGGACCAUGACAGACCCCUAGAGGAGGCAAUGACAAAAAGGGAGGAUUUAGUGGUUGCACCUGCUGGUGUCACACUAAAAGAAGCAAAUGAUAUUCUACAACGUAGCAAAAAAGGAAAGCUUCCAAUAGUCAAUGACAGCGACGAGCUGGUUGCCAUCAUUGCCAGGACAGACUUGAAGAAGAACAGAGACUACCCUCUGGCAUCUAAGGAUUCCCGCAAACAGCUGCUUUGUGGAGCAGCAAUAGGUACCAGGGAUGACGACAAAUACAGACUGGACCUCCUCAUGCAGGCUGGGGUGGAUGUGGUGGUUCUGGACUCCUCGCAGGGAAACUCCGUUUAUCAAAUCAACAUGAUAAACUACAUUAAACAGAAAUACCCUGAACUACAGGUGGUUGGAGGAAACGUGGUGACAGCUGCCCAGGCUAAAAACCUCAUUGAUGCGGGUGUCGAUGCUCUCAGGGUGGGCAUGGGCUGUGGUUCGAUCUGCAUCACCCAGGAAGUGAUGGCAUGUGGACGACCACAAGGUACAUCAGUGUACAAGGUUGCUGAAUACGCUCGCCGCUUUGGAGUGCCCGUAAUCGCUGACGGAGGUAUUCAGACGGUUGGACACGUAGUCAAAGCGCUGGCUCUGGGAGCAUCAACAGUGAUGAUGGGUUCACUGCUCGCCGCGACCACCGAGGCUCCAGGAGAAUAUUUCUUUUCCGAUGGGGUGCGUUUGAAGAAGUAUAGAGGAAUGGGCUCCUUGGAUGCCAUGGAGAAAAACAACAGCCAGAAACGCUACUUCAGUGAGGGAGACAAGGUAAAGGUGGCUCAAGGUGUAUCAGGAUCCGUACAAGACAAAGGCUCCAUCCAUAAGUUUGUUCCUUACCUCAUUGCUGGUAUUCAACAUGGCUGUCAGGACAUUGGAGCCAAGAGUUUGUCAAUUUUACGUUCAAUGAUGUAUUCUGGAGAGCUGAAGUUCGAGAAGAGAACGAUGUCUGCGCAGAUGGAAGGCGGCGUUCAUGGCCUUCACUCAUAUUCUUUUGUACCAUUUAUGAGAAGCGGCUUUACUGAGCCCGGAGGAAAAGGAAACACCCGAUCAGGACCUGAUGUGCCUUCCCCGGCACUACUGAGCAGACAAACAACAUACAUGUGAACAAAAUGCUGAAAUGAUCAUGUUUAAUAUAAUAUCCAUGUUAUCCAUGACAUGUUUUUCAACAAUUCUGUUGAUACCUCAUGAAGAACAAACAGCUCAUUUAUUCAUUCUGGACUGCCACAGCUGACACAUUAGGUACACCUGCACAAUCAAAUGGGAUCCAAUACCAUAACUGUUUUAGAAGUAUCAGUUCAACAAGAUGUUAUUGUGCUGUCAUUAUAAUUUACAGUGGUACAUAUUUUGGCUCAUUUUGGAUUCGGUGUAGGUGUACCUAAUUAAGUGUCCCCUUAGCACAGUUUUUUUUUUUUUUUUUUUUUACAAAAAGAGGCAACAACAUUGUGUUUUGACUUAAUUUUAUUUCAUCACCAGAGGACAGCAUCACAAAAAAGUCAUUUUAUGGAAGGAUGUUUUUUUUUUUUUUUUUUAGAAUUUUAAGCCAUGCUGGGGGAGAAAAUAUGUACAUUUGCAUUUGUUCAUUAGAUUUUACUGCACUGCACAGUGCAUAUUCAGGGUCAUUUUCUCCAAAUGGUACAUAUGUACAGUAUAGUACGUGACCUCACUCAGGAUAUUGUGGUAAACUCUUAAAUAAAAUGAGCUGCUGUAUGGCAGAAGGAACAAAUAAUAAACCUGUACAAAUAUGUAAAAUGUAUUAGUAUGUAACUGCUGCUAGCGCCUUAAAGGAGCUAUUGUUUGUGACUGCUGGAAUGUACACCUUUUAUCUGAAUUAAAUAGAUGACACUGAUUGACAAUAUCUUUGAUGAUGAAA